AUGAGAUCAUGGUUCCCGUUCUUCCUUUUGGCCCUGACCACUAUUGCCAGGGUCAGCAACGCCGAAUACACUGGAACAGAGUGCAACCCAAUCAACAAGACAUGCAGUGCGGAUCCCGCGCUCGGAACUGAGCACACAUGGCUGUUCAACUCAACCAUUGACAGCGAGCUCUGGGACAUGAAGACCGGAACCCUGGACUACACAUCCGAAGGAGCUGAGUUCACCAUCCAAACUGAAAACGCCUCGACUCUCCUAGUAUCCAACUUUUAUAUCUUUUUCGGUGUGAUGGAAGCGCACAUCAAGAUGGCGAAGGGAGCCGGCAUUAUCAGCAGCGUUAUCCUACAGUCGGACGACCUCGACGAGAUUGACUGGGAGUGGGUUGGUUAUAACACGAGCGGAGUGCAAUCGAAUUUCUUUGGCAAGGGAAACACAACCACGAGUGACCGGGGCGGAUAUCAUGCGGUUGCAAAUGCAGAUACCGAGUUCCACAACUACACCACGUACUGGGACAAAGACCGUCUUGAAUGGUGGAUCGAUGGUGACUUGAUGCGGACAGUGAAAUACUCUGAGCCAUUGGCCGUGUAUGGCAAAAACUACCCCCAAACGCCUUGUCAGGUCAAGGUUAGUAAUUGGCCGGUUGGAGUCAAGGGACAGUCGCAAGGCAAUCUCGAUUGGGGCGGUGGUUUGGUUGACUGGUCUGAUGUUCCGUUCACUAUGACCGUAUCAAAGAUCCGCGUUCAGGACUUCUCCACUGGAAAGGAGUACAAGUAUACCGGGCAUACGGGCACGUAUGAGAGUAUUGAGGUGGUCAGUGGAAACUCAACCGCCCAAACACAACUUGACAAGGAACCAGCCAAGACCCUGUCCCAGAAAUGGGAUGAUCUUGGCUCAGGGGCUCAUAUCGGUGUGUACUGCGGUGCGGCUGUUGUUGGUGCUCUUCUCAUUGGCGCCUUUGUAUUCUAUUGUUUGAAGCAACGCCGGAGCGGUCGUCUACAACGCGCCUUGAACGAUGGUGCAUACAGCGCAGAGCUCACGACGUUAGAGGAGUCGAAGUUGAGAUGGAGACAAAGUGAACUGCGUAGCAAAGGCAGCUAUCAGGCGGUUCCUUAG